AUGGGGAGCGGAAUAAGUUCUGAGAGUAAGGAAUCAGCCAAAAGAUCAAAGGAACUUGAAAAAAAACUUCAGGAAGAUGCAGAGCGAGAUGCCCGAACUGUAAAGCUUCUCCUAUUGGGUGCUGGCGAAUCUGGAAAAAGCACAAUAGUCAAGCAGAUGAAGAUUAUCCACAAGAAUGGCUACACAGAGCAAGAAUGCAUGGAGUUCAAAGCUGUGGUUUACAGUAACACCCUGCAAUCCAUUCUGGCCAUUGUGAAGGCUAUGACAGUUCUGGGGAUUGAUUAUGUAAAUCCCCAAAGUACAGAAGACCAAAAACAACUCUGCAUGAUAGCAAGUGGCUUAGAAGAUGGCACCAUGACUCCUGAACUGGCUGAGAUAAUAAAACGACUGUGGAAAGACCCAGGAAUCCAGGCCUGCUUUGAAAGGGCAUCAGAAUAUCAACUCAAUGACUCAGCAGCUUACUACCUCAAUGAUCUAGACAGGAUAACAGCUCCUGGGUAUGUUCCAAAUGAACAAGAUGUCCUGCACUCCAGGGUGAAAACUACUGGCAUUAUUGAAACACAAUUCUCCUUCAAGGAUUUGCACUUCAGGAUGUUUGAUGUAGGUGGACAGCGGUCAGAGAGGAAGAAAUGGAUUCACUGCUUUGAAGGAGUUACCUGUAUAAUAUUCUGUGCAGCGCUAAGUGCCUAUGAUAUGGUCCUGGUGGAAGAUGAAGAAGUGAACCGAAUGCAUGAAAGCCUUCACCUGUUUAACAGCAUCUGUAAUCACAAGUACUUUGCUAGUACUUCCAUUGUCCUGUUUCUCAACAAAAAAGAUCUCUUUCAAGAAAAAGUAGCCAAGGUUCAUCUUAGUAUCUGUUUUCCAGAAUACACUGGACCAAAUACAUUUGAAGAUGCAGGGAACUAUAUCAAGAACCAGUUCCUAGACCUGAAUUUAAAAAAAGAAGAUAAGGAGAUUUAUUCCCACAUGACCUGUGCUACUGACACCCAAAAUGUCAAGUUUGUUUUUGAUGCAGUGACAGAUAUAAUCAUCAAAGAAAACUUGAAAGACUGUGGGCUCUUUUAA